CUGUCAACAACGCUGCAAAGUUACAAUGUUUUACCUCAUAGGUCUGGGUUUAGGAGAUGCUUCAGAUAUCACAGUUAAAGGGUUAGAAAUUGUCAAGAAAUGUAAACGAGUGUACCUUGAAGCGUAUACAUCGAUUCUCACAGUAGGAAAAGAAGCUUUGGAGGAGUAUUAUGGGAGAGAAGUUAUCCUAGCAGAUAGGGAGAUGGUGGAAUCUAUGUCAGAUGAGUUACUGAAUGAAUCUGACAAGGAAGACAUAGCAUUUCUAGUUGUGGGUGAUCCUUUAGGGGCAACAACUCAUACUGAUUUGAUUUUAAGAGCAAAAGAACGAGGCAUUGAGUUUCGAGUUGUACACAAUGCCUCUAUCAUGAACGCUAUAGGUUGCUGUGGAUUACAGUUAUACAACUAUGGUGAGACAGUUUCCAUAGUAUUUUGGACAGACACAUGGAAACCUGAAAGUUUCUUCGAUAAAAUACAGAAAAACAGAGAUGUAGGAAUGCAUACAUUAUGUUUACUAGAUAUUAAAGUGAAAGAGCAGAGCAUUGAAAACAUGAUGAGGGGUAGGAAGGUAUUUGAACCUCCAAGAUAUAUGAGUGUGAACCAGGCAGCCGAACAGAUCCUAGAAGUUGUGCAGAACAGACAGGCCUCUGGGGACACACUAUCUAGUGAAACAGCAAUAACUAAGGAAACACUGUGUGUUGGUUUAUCAAGAGUAGGAUCCGAUUCCCAACAGAUUGUAACUACAACUUUACAGGAAAUGACCUCUGUUGAUAUAGGUGGUCCUCUGCAUUCAUUGGUUGUUCCAGGUCACAUGCACCCUCUGGAAAUUGACAUGCUUUCAUUGUAUGCAUCAAGUAUAAAAGUGAAGGAAAUCUUACAGUCCUUGCAACCAACAAAAUAAAUUGAAAUAUACA